GACAAACACAUCGCUUACGCUGGGCCCAUGGCUUGCGAUGUGCGGGCACAUGUGCUUGAUUCGCAGGUUACUGACACUUGCAUUGGCAUUUUUGGUGCCGGCAGCCGCAGCUGGGAAUCUCAGCAACUACUCCGUAGUUGUUGGAAACUUUUCAGAUGCCGACCCAGACGCGUUGCAGAUUGCCGGGAAUGUUUCGUGGGACGUGCUGGGGCUUGAGCAGAAUGACAGUGGAGUCGGGGUCAAUAUCUAUGUUGCUAACGACCCUGUUGGGAGCGAGAGGUCUCUGCUUGGAUCUGCAACAGCUACGGACACAAGCUUUUCAGUGGCUGCUGACACUGCGCUUCCAAGCGCCACGAGCUAUCUAUUGUUCUACGUUGCCUCAGCAAUGGAAGAGCAAGAAAUACCCACUAGCCUGGAGGUCAGUGACUUGAACGGCAGUGUUGAGAGCCUCACCUUCUAUGGUGAGGAUUUGAACCUUGAGAACCUGACAGGCAACCUGACCUUCAUCGCUCCAGUGGACGAGCAGAUCAGCCACUAUGCUGCCUAUUUGGCAACGAGUGCCUUUGGAGAGGGACGGUGGCAGGUGGGAAGCGUUUCAGGUGGUGACCGUUUGUCGGUUCAACUGGACGUUGCCAGGGCAUCCUUCACACAUUUUGUGGUGUAUGCCACAUCUGCCGAUGGCAUUGAGCAGUCUACCCCAGUGGCACUUUCAUUGACAGAUGUUGCUGCCAGCUUCAUGGCAUCUGACCUGGCCUUUGCAGACGAGGAUUUGGAUGUUGCUGAGCUUGGUGGCACUGUUAGCUGGACGCCAGCACAGGUGGACUUCACCAUUACGGAGUACCGCCUCUACUUGGCGCAGGAAACUGGCACCCCAAGAUCACUGCUGAGCAGUGCAGCCUCGGGUAGUGCUCAAGUGCCUGCGAAUACCGCGCUUGGCGUCUACACUCAUUGGAUGGUUCAUUCUGCCAACGAGAAUGGUGAACAGGACACACCGCACACUCUCGCGGUCAAUGACACCGAUGGGAGUGUGACCUCACCGUAUUUUUUUGAUCUUGAUCCGGACGAUGGAGACAUCGCUGGACCUAUAUCUUGGACGCCUCCGUUGGAUCUCUCGCAGGUGUCUGCGUAUCAUUUGUAUUUGAAUGAUGGGAUUGCAGCUGUGAAAGUGGCAGAGCUGUCUGUUGGCAGCAACAGCUAUACGCUGCCAGUCUCCACCAAUGCUUCUUACACAGAGAUUCUUAUUUAUUCUCAGUCUUCCUCUUCCUUGCAGUCAAGCCCUGUUGCUCUGUCGCUGCCGGACUUGGACUUUUCACCCCAAUCACCUCUGUUCAUAGAUCAACGGUUGGAUGCGGGCGAACUGGGCGGUGUCAUCCAGUGGACGGCCCCUGCCAAUGACAGUGAAGUAGUGCAAUACAAUGUGUACCUCGCUGCCGACGCCACUGGCACUGGUCGCAGCUUCGUUGGAAGCACCUACCCAGGCAAUCAUAGUUUCACUUAUGUUGACAGUGCUCUUCAACUGUACAGCUACGUUCUAGUUUACACCGAAUCUAGCAUGGGAGAGCAAGACAUGCCAUCGGCCACUGGAAUUUCCGAUACAUCGGCUAGUGUCUCAAAUGUUGGGUUCGUUGACAAUGACGUGGAUGCGUUGGAGAUUGCUGGUAGUGUAACUUGGACUCCUCCAUCAGAUACUUCUCAAGUGACUGGCUAUCGUACCUACCUGUGCUCCGGCAGUCUUUGCAGCACGCGAGCACAGCUGGGUAGCCAUGUCGCAGUGGGAACCAACCAGGUGUCUUUCUCCACUGUGACUAUAGCGCAGUCACAGACGCAUAUCGGUGUCUAUGCCAAGUCAAGUCUUGAGGAGCAGUCCACUCCAGCGACGAUUGUUCUUGUGGACGAGCAGAUUUCAGCUGGUAAUAUAUCCUUUUCGGAUGUGGAUGUGGAUGCUGGACAGGUUGCAGGCAACAUAACCUGGGACCAAGCCACACUGGCACAGGUUUCAGGAUACGCGCUCUAUCUUGGCGAUGCAGUGUCGAAGUUCAUCAAGCUGGCAGACCUCAGCGGCGUCUCCAAUACGGAGUAUGAUAUACCGCUGGACACGGAGACGAAUGGCUCGACACAUCUUUUGGUUUGCCUGGUCUCAGCUGGCGUGGAGCAGUCAAGCUGUGACCCGUACCUUUUCUAUGAUGUGACGGAGAGUGUCUCAGAUGUUGCUUUCACGGGCCAGGACUUGGACCUGAAUGAACUGGGUGGUAUCAUCACAUGGAGUCCUCCAGCAUGGGUGGUCUAUACCCAAAGGUAUUUGGUCUACCUGGCAGAGGAUGCUGUGGGAACAGCUCGAUCUCAGGUGGAGACCGCUGUGCCGGUCGGAACCAAUGAGCUGCAGCUAUCAGCCAACACACCUCGCCUCAACUUUACACACUUCCUGGUCUAUACCGAAACAAGCUGGCAGGAGCAAAGCACACCAGCUAGCUUGGCCUUCCAGGAUGCUGUUGCCGUUGCCGGGGAACCCAAUCAAGCAAAUGUCCCAGGCUUGAUAGAAUGCACCAUGCUGUGUCCAUUGUGCCCAUUGCAUGAUUGAAGUGCAAUAUUCGCGGUCAAAGUAGACAAGCUUAGAGGCUUAAUGCAUGAGCGUGUCGAUUCCCACGGGUUUUGGUGAGAUGUGGC